GAGCUGGAAAUUAAAUCCCAAUUCAUAAGCCGACGGUAAAUUCUGGAUAUUAAAACCCGCCAAUCGUUAGAACCCCCUAUAAAAAUUUUUUACCUCAACCUAAAUCGGUUAGUUAAGUCCUUUUCCUUCUUUUCGCCGGUGCUUUUCUCAGGUUCUCUCUCUUCCUCCGUCUUCUACACAACAAACCCUAACCAAAGCCGCCUUCCAAUUCCUAACUCAAAUUUUUUGUUGGUCUUUGUUUCAACUUCUUAACAGAUGGCUAGUAAACCGCUUACAAGUGAGGCAAUUGCCCUGACAGAGAAGAAAAUGGAUAUGACUUUAGAUGAUAUCAUCAAAAUGUCAAAAAAUAACACAUCUAAAGGCAGGAAGCAGAGAGUUUCAAAUAGAAGUAAGAAAUUUGUGAAUAAUGUUACCCAAGAUAAAGGGGCAAAGGUGCAGAGGUUUAUGGAUGCAAGGUCUACCAUGAGACAGGGUGCCCUUGGUCAGAGGAGGUCCAAUUUUCAGGGAAACCAAUUCCCUUUGGCAACUGAGGCUGCAAGAAAAGCUGCAGCCAUUCCUAUCCGUAACAGACCUUUCAAUGGGAUCAGGGCAGUGAAUGUUAAUAAGCCGAGGGUUGGUGCUCCAAUGGUCCAGAGAAGGGCUGUGAACGGGGGUGGCUUUAAUAUGAAGCAAUCUCAGCAGCAGGUCAAGGUGACACCAAAGCAGAGGCCACAGACUCUAGAUUCAUUGUUUGCAGACAUGAAAGAGCAAAGGAUGAAAGUCUUGUCUCAACAGAACAACCCUGUAAAAAGAAAUGGUGGUGGCCAACGAUUACCUCCAUGGCAAAGAGCUCGUUUUGGCAAGUGAUACCAAUUCAUGCUAGAACAUCUAGAUUUCCUAGGUUGCUGGAGGAAGGUGCUUGUACUUUAAUAAGAAGGUUUAGAGUUUGGGGAACAGCAAACUGCUGUUAGUUUGGAUAUAACAUUCUAUAAAGUUGAUUUGCAAUGUCCCAGCAACAUUCUCUUGCUUUGGGGUUCAAAUGUUAUGUAUAGCAUUUUUUUUUCUUUACAAGUCAUGCUUUUUAUCAAUGGUUGGAUAUUCAGGCUUUCA